CCCCGUGUGGUUCUGGGAUUUUUGCUCACAGUUCUUGUGAUCAUUUUGACCCCACGGGGUGAGAUCUUGCGUGGAGCCCCAGAUCGAGGGAGAUUAUCAGUGGUCUUGUAUGUCUUCCAUUUUCUAAUAAUUGCUCCCACAGUUGAUUUCUUCACACCAAGCUGCUUACUUAUUGCAGAUAAAGUCUUCCCAGCCUGGUGCAGGUCUACAAUUGUGUUUCUGGUGUCCUGUGACAGCUCUUUGGUCUUGGCCAUGGUGGAGUUUGUAGUUGGACUGUUUGAGGUUGUGGACAGGUGUCUUUUAUACUGAUAACGAGUUCAAACAGAUGCCAUUAAUACAGGUAACGAGUGGAGGACAGAGGAGCCUCUUAAAGAAGAAGUUACAGCUUCUCCUCCAAACACACAGGAAUUCACCUACAGUUCAGCUCCUCCCACAACAGUUUAUGAAAGAAAGUCAAAAACAUGACUGAUCCAGAAACCUGCAGAAUAAAACAGGAAGAUACUGAACAACAAAUAGACCUGAUCGAAGAGAACAAGGAGAUUGAAGAACUGAUUGAAGAGGGGGAGAACCAUCGUGUGAAAACUGAAGAAACAUCCUGGAGUUCCUCAUUUAAAAAGGGAGACAAAAUAUGGCCUCAGUGUGCAACGAGUCUCUCAUGCAAGCAAAAUCUUGAUAUUCACAUAAAAUAUCAUCUUGAAGGGAAGCUGUACACAUGUGAUCAGUGUGAAAAGACUUUCACAAUAAAAGGAAACCUUACGAAACACAUGAAUAUUCACAGUGGGGAGAAGCCUUACACAUGCAGUCAGUGUGGAAAGAGCUUCAGACUAAAAGUAACCCUUAAAAAGCACAUGAAUAUUCACGCUGGGGAGAAGCCGUACACAUGCAGUCAAUGUGGAAGGAGCUUCAGACUAAAAGCAACUCUUAAACAACACAUGAAUAUCCACACUGGAGAGAAGCCGUACACAUGUGAUCAAUGUGGGAAGAGCUUCAGACUAAAAGCUACCCUUAAUGAACACACGAGGAUCCACACUGGAGAGAAGCCGUACACAUGUGGUCAGUGUGGGAAGAGUUUCACACAAAAAGGAUACCUUGAUGCACACCUAAAAACCCACACUGGAGAGAAGCCAUACACAUGUGAUCAGUGUGGGAAGAGUUUCACACAAAAAGGUGCCCUUAAUGUACACAUGAGGAUCCACACUGGAGAGAAACCGCACACAUGUAAUCAGUGUGGGAAGAGUUUUAGACUUAAGCAACCCCUUAACGAUCACAUUAGAAUCCACACUGGAGAGAAGCCAUAUGCAUGUAAUCAGUGUGGAAAAUGUUUCAGAAAAUAUAGUGGCUUUAAAAAACAUCUGCUUACUCAUUCUAGAGAAAGACUAGCUAAUCGUGACCUAAGCAGUAAAACAUUUUUUAGGGCAGAUUUCCGGAAGAACCACCUGAAAGUUCAUACAAAGCAGAGGCCUUAUGUAUGCUAUUUAUGUGGAAAGAGUUUUGGUCAGAUGGUUGCACUAAAGAUACACCAGAAAAGACACAGCGGUGUGAAGGAUCAUGCUUGCUCUGAGUGUGGGAAGACUUUCGUUACAUAUGGUGCAAUGAAAGUGCACAAGACAGUUCACACUACAGAAACACCUUACAAGUGUUCACGCUGUGACAAGAGAUUCAAACGGUCAACAUAUCUGCAAAUACAUGAGAGGAUCCACACUGGAGAGAAGCCGUAUACAUGUGAUCAAUGUGGGAAGAGCUUCAGACUAAAAGAAAUGCUUAAUCAACACAUGAAUAUCCACAAUGGAGAGAAGCCGCACAAAUGCAAUCAGUGCGGGAAGAAUUUCACACAAAAAGGAAACCUUAACAAACACAUGAAAAUCCACACUGGAGAGAAGCUACAUACAUGUGAUCAGUGCGGGAAGGGUUUCUUAGAAAAAGGAAACCUUAAAGAACACAUGAAUAUCCACACUGGAGAGAAGCCACACACAUGUGAUCAGUGUGGCAGGAGUUUCACACAUAAAGGAAACCUUGCCAAACACAUGAAAAGACACACUGGGGAGAAGCCACACACAUGUGAUCAGUGUGGGAAGAGUUUCGCAGAAAAGGCAACCCUUAAUGAACACAUGAGGAUCCACACUGGAGAGAAGCCGUACACAUGUGAUCAGUGUGGGAGGAGUUUCACACAAAGAGGAACCCUUUAUGAACACAUGAAAACCCACAGUGAAGAAAAGCCAUAUACCUGUGCUCAGUGUGGGAAGAGUUUCAAACGAAAAGAAGGCCUUAAUGAUCACAUGAAAAUCCACACUGGAGAGAAGCCGUACAUAUGUGAUCAGUGUGGGAGGAGUUUCACACAAAGAGGAACCCUUUAUCAACACAAGAAAACUCACACUGGAGUGAAGCCAUACACAUGUGAACAAUGUGGGAAGUUUUGCAGAAAUUCAAGUUUUUUAAAAGUACAUUUGCGUACUCAUUCUAGAGAAAGACAAUAUAACUCUGACCAGUGCAGUGAAAAUAAUUUCAGGGCAGAUUUCGUGAAGGGCCACCUACAAUUUCAUAGAAAAGAGAGGCCUUACGUAUGUGAUUUAUGUGGAAAGAGUUUUAGUCAGAGGGUUGCAUUAAAAAUACACCAGAAGAGACACAGCGGUGUGAAGGAUCAUGUUUGCUCUGAGUGUGGCAAGGCUUUUUUUACAGAUAGUGACCUGAAACUGCACAAGACAGUUCACACUACAGAAACACCUUACAAGUGCUCACACUGUGACAAGAGAUUCAAACGGUCAGAAUAUCUGAGAAUACACGAGAGGAUCCACACUGGAGAGAAGCCUCAUGCAUGUGAUCAAUGUGGGAAGAGCUUCAGACUAAAAGGAACCCUUAACGAUCACAUAAAAAUCCACACAGGAGAAAAGCCACACACAUGCAAUCAGUGUGGGAAGAGUUUUGCACAAAAAGGAAACCUUAACAAACACAUGAAAAUCCACACUGGACAAAAGCCACACACAUGUGAUCAGUGUGGGAAGACUUUCAGAAAAUCAAGUGUUUUUAAAGUUCAUCUGCGUACUCAUUCUAGAAAAAGACAAUAUGACUGUGACCAGUGUGGUAAACAUUUUUUAAGCACAGGUGCACUGAAGAAGCACUUGAAAGUUCAUACAAAGGAAAAUCAACAUGUGUGUUCUUUGUGUGGAAAGACUUUUAGUGAGCUUGCUGCUUUAAACUAUCACCAGAAAAGACACCGCAGUGUGAAGGAUCAUGCUUGUUCUGAGUGUGGGAAGACUUUUUUUACAUAUGGUGCGAUGAAAGUGCACAAGACAGUUCACACUACAGAAACACCUUACAAGUGUUCACACUGUGACAAGAGAUUCAAACGGUCAACACAUCUACAAAUACAUGAGAGGAUCCACACUGGAGAGAAGCCACAUCACUGUCAUUCAUGUGGGAAGAGAUUCACUCAAUUAUCUUCUCUAAUCUCUCAUAAAUUACAUGUCUGCGUGUCUGAAAUUAUAGUAAGUAGUUCAAGUGCUGAUCCUGUACUUACAGGUAUGAUAGAUGGUAGGUAGGGCUGCAUUAGGUAAUUGUUUUGAUAAAUGAUUAAUUGGAUAUUAUUAAAAUGAUUAAUCAACAAAAUUUUGAUUAUUUCACAGAUUAAUCAGUAGCUUUUAUUGAUUUUUCAUCUUUUGGAGUUUGUUAAAAUGUUGACUUAUACCCAUUCUGACUGAUAAAUAAAAUAAGGGAAUCACUUAAGUUUUUGAGAAUGUCUUUUUAAUAAACUGAAUUACUGUCCUCUUCAGGCAUUUUGACCAUUCUCAGAAGUCAUCAAUACACCAACUUUGCUUAGAACUGAAACACAAAAACAAAAGGGCAUUUCACAACACAUACGAGGCUAAAAUAUUCAUCAUUCAUUAAUUUAGAUCCCUUUGUGUGUGGUUUGGCCCGCAAUCUUGAGAACACUGAGGCUUGCGGGCUUGAGAGCAUAGGCUGGCAGCUCACGGAGAGGAUCCUCCACACUGGAUACUCAACCCUCUACGGACACCUUGGCAAU